UCCUGGUCGCGAGAGCUGUUUAAUAUGGCUGCCUCCAUACCACUUCAGUGUCGGCUUUGUCUAGCAGCAGUGAUCCCUCUUUUAUUAAGCUGCUUUAGUUUAGCGACUGCUGAUGGCGUGCAGGAUCAAGCGGAACAAUUUUUUAGAAGUGGACACACAAACAACUGGGCAGUUUUGGUGUGCACAUCUCGAUUCUGGUUUAACUAUCGGCAUGUGGCCAAUACUCUUUCAGUCUACAGAAGUGUCAAGAGACUAGGAAUUCCUGAUAGUCAUAUUGUCUUGAUGCUAGCAGAUGAUAUGGCCUGCAACCCACGGAAUCCAAACCCAGCUACUGUGUUUAGUCACAAAAAUAUGGAUCUGAAUGUCUAUGGGGAUGAUGUGGAAGUGGAUUACAGGAGUUAUGAGGUUACUGUCGAAAAUUUUUUGCGAGUAUUAACAAGCAGAAUCCCAGCAAGUGCCCCUCGCUCAAAGCGUCUGCUUUCUGAUGACAGAAGCAAUAUUCUCAUAUAUAUGACAGGCCAUGGUGGGAAUGGAUUCUUGAAAUUCCAGGAUUCUGAAGAAAUUACAAAUGUAGAACUUGCUGAUGCGUUUGAGCAAAUGUGGCAGAAAAGGAGGUACAAUGAGUUACUGUUUAUCAUUGAUACAUGCCAAGGUGCAUCUAUGUAUGAACGGUUUUAUUCUCCCAAUAUAAUGGCUUUGGCUAGUAGUCAAGUUGGAGAAGAUUCGCUUUCACAUCAACCAGAUCUUGGAAUUGGAGUGCAUUUGAUGGACAGGUAUACAUUUUAUGUCUUGGAGUUCUUGGAAGAAAUUCAUCCAGCUAGUCAGACCAAUAUGAAUGACCUUUUUCAGGUGUGCCCGAAAAGUUUGUGUGUAUCUACACCUGGACACCGGACAGAUCUGUUUCAGAGAGAUCCUGAGCAUGUCCUGAUAACUGAUUUCUUUGGAAGUGUACGAAAAGUGGAGAUUACAACUGAGACAAUUUCCCUUGAUCCUAAUCUAGCAUGUCCAGACACCAGACAUGCCCCAGAUGAAGUAGCAACAGAACCAUUAAAAUAUGCUGAACAACUUCCAGUUGCACAAAUAAUACACCAGAUGUUCUUAAAAAUCCUGCUCUAGUGCAGUCAGUGGACCUUGACUACAGUAUUUGGCUUAAAGGGAAUCCAGAGAUUUGAGAACAUCUACAUCCCUCUAAUAUAACCUUAUCCACUCCAAAGUAGGAGGAAUCAAGGAAUCAUAGAAUAGUAGAGUUGAAAGGGGCCACGAAGACCAUUGGGUAUGUCCCCCUGCUGUUGCAGGACAGUAUGUUACACCAUCCCACUCAAAUGCCUGUCCCAUUUCUUUUUGAAUGUCUCUAGUGUGGGAGAGCCCACCACCUCUCUAGGCAUCUGGUUCCACUGUCAUAUUGCUCUGACCACAAGGAAGCUUUUCCUGAUAUCUAGCCUGAAUUCGGGUUCUCACAGCUUAAAUUCAUUAUUCUAUGUCCUACACUCUGGCAUCAGCAAGAAGAGAACUUGACCUUCCCCUCCUAUUUGUUCUCAUAAGAACAAAUAAGAAAUAAGAACAUAAGAGAGAACAAAGAGACGGAAGUAAUGGAUGGCAUACAAAUUCAAUAAAUAAAUAAAUGCAAAGAUAAAAGUAACAAUGAUUAUUUAUUUAUUUAUUUAUUUAUUUAUUUAUUUAAAGCUUUUAUAUACUGUCCAUCUACUAGCUUCUCAGGACAGUUUUAUGAAUAAAUACCAGAUUAAAAGCAAAAUCAAGCACAGAUGUUAGGUCCAUUAAGCAAGAACAGAAUCAGAAGUUAGUUUCAACCACCUGAGGAACACAAAUAGACAGGGAGACACUGAACCUCUUGGGACAGGAAGUUGCAUAUUCUGGACAGGAUGUAAUCUAGGCGUAAUGGCAAGCAGAUUUACAUGGGAGGAGAUGAUUCUGAUACAUAAACUUUGCCACAAAAUGGUGGGUAGUUUUCAGGGCUAGGAUCAAUUCUGCAUAAUUAAGAGAAAGUCAAACCUUUCAUGUCAACUUUUUAGACAUAUUCUAAAAUAGUUGCUUUUAGAAUGAAUAAUGUUGGGUUUUUCACCUACAUCCCAACAUUAAAAAAUAGUUUGGAUAUACUAGGUUUUCAAACUAACUAGGUGUGCUAAUUAACUUGAUGACAUUUUUCAUAUCAUGGUGAGUAAAUUUGCCUAAUGGCCUUGAAUAAUAUACUGCAGAAAAGAUUUGUCCUAUUGUUAAUUAUGUCUAUUCAAAGGUAUCAGUAUGUGGUGUACACAAAUUAAACUCUAUCACAGUGCUUUAAAAAUAUUGGUUCUGGAGGUGUUGCUUCAGUUUUUUUUUCUGCAGUUUCUGUUCACUGAACAGAAACUGAAAGGAUAUAUGGAAACAAAUUUUCUUUAGCUGUAUUAUAAGCAAAGCUAUAAAGCAUUGUCCCUCUAUUCUACAGACAUUAAAGAGAAAAAUAAUGUGAAUUCUAGGGAAAUGAAAUGUGCAUGCUGAAAGUGUUUUGGGUAUAGAGCCAUUGCUAUCAUAGGACUAAGGUUUUAAUAUAGGUUUGGUUCAGACGUAACAAGAAAACCAGAGUUUCCCACUAUGAGACCAAGUAAUAUCAAUUUCAUUCUCCCCAGUUCCAUGUUUGGAAGAAGGCAGUUGGACCUUUUGCUUCUAAUUUUAAAUAAAAUACCUUUGGCCAUUAUACCCAAAUUUAUGAUGCACCCAACCACUCCCUGAUGUCAUUUGGUCCCCACCAAAAUGCCAGCUGGAGUUCUUUUGACAGGCACUACAGAAAGGCAGCUAGUCUCACUCACCUGUCUUUCCUUGUGUGGCAUUCUCUGGAAAUGCCAGUUGAAUGUACACAUGGCAUCACUUUUUGGCAUGUAGAGGGGCUUCAAGUUAGGGAAGGGGCCUCACUGGAGCACAUUUCAAUAUAAAAAUGAAAUAAAUAAUGAUCUGAGCCUCCAUGGACUGGUGAAGUCUCCCACAGUUCAGGGGUACCCCAUUGCUGGCCUGGACAAAGUGUUUGACAUUCUAAUUCUUGUUUUUCUCUUGGAUUCAUGCAUGCAUGCAUACCACAUACACUGUACACUAAUACAGGCAUUCCUCAGGUUACAAACAUCCAAGUUACAAAUAACCUGUUCUUCUCCUAAAGCCUAUUCAUUUUUAAAAAUCACUGCAGAAAAUCAUCAUCACCAAAGAGAAAGAAGAAGAGAGAAGGUAGAAAGAGAAGGUCUUCAAAGCAUCACCAUAGAGAGAGGGGAACUAGAAGAGUAGGGAGGGACAUCUCCAAAGCAGGCCUUCCUGUCCCACCCAUCCAAAGAUAGAAAUCUCUCCAACUUUUCCUUGCUGCUAAGAGAAGGCACUAGUGAGUUUCGGUGGCAGGGCGGUAGAUAUAUUCACAUUUUUUCCACUUUACUGGGGGGUGUUGUGCCCCUAACUCCUGUCCAUAUACAUGGUUGACUGUGCGGGAUCCAACUACGUACACAUUUAACUUAAAGACACAUUUCUGUUUUCUCCAGAACAGCAUUUGUUCAUAACCCAAGGACUGCCUGUACAGAAGCUUCAAAAUAUUUGGAAAUAAAAUAAAUACCUAGAUAUUUGUAUCCCUGGAAAUAUGAAAUAUUAAAAAAUCAAACCCAGAGGUCCUAUAGUUAGCUGUAAUGCAGGUGGCGCAGUGGUUUAAACCGCUGUGCUGCUGGGC